GGAAGCGGGGUACACGCUGCGGGUUAGCUGUCAUGGCGGCGGCACUGAGUCGGAAAAGGCGCCUGGAGGAGCUGACGGUGGAUGAGUUCCUAGCCUCGGGCUUUGAUUCCGACUCCGAAUCGGAGCCCGAGGGCGCCCCCGGAGCGGAGGCGCGGACGGUGCACGGAGCUGCCCGGAAUCCGCAUGGGCCAGGCGGGAGCUCCUCUGCCAGCCGGCGGAAAGGCUGUGCCUCUGAGCACAAGGACCAGCUGUCUCGGCUGAAGGACAAGGACCCAGAGUUCUACAAGUUCCUGCAGGAGAACGACCAGAGCCUGCUGAACUUCAGCGAGUCGGACAGUUCUGAGGAUGAAGAGGAGCAGUUGCACUCCCUGCCCAACAUGCUGGAGGAAGCAAGUGAGGAGGAAGAGGAGGAUGGAGCAGGGGCUGGGGACAAAGUCCCCAGGGGACUGCAGGGGAAGAGGAAGGAUUCGGUCCCUGUGACCCUCGCCAUGGUUGAACAGUGGAAACAGGCAACGAAGCAGCACCUCACGCCGAAGCUGUUGCAUGAGAUUGUUCAGGGGUUCCGAGCGGCUGUGGCCACCACCCAAGGAGACCAGGAGGGUGCCGAGGCUGGCAGGUUCCAGGUCACGGACAGCGCAGUGUUCAAUGCUGUGGUGACCUUUUGCAUCAGAGACCUCCUGGGCUGCCUCCAGAAGCUGCUGUUUGGCAAGGCCCGAAAGGACGGCACCAGGGGGGCACCACCGUCCAGCAGCCCACUGUGGGGGAAGCUCCGUCUGGACAUCAAGGCCUACCUGAACUCAGUCACACAGCUGGCGAGCUGCCUGACCGAGGCGACAGUGGCAGCAGCUGUUGUCCAGCAUAUCAGCAGUGCGGUGCCCUACUACCUGACCUUCCCACAGCAGUGCCGUGUGCUGCUGAAGAGGAUGGUGGUCCUGUGGGGCACUGGCGAGGAGACCCUGCGUGUGCUGGCUUUCCUGGUUCUCAUCAAAGUCUGCCGGCACAAGGACAGCUUCUUGGGUCCCAUCCUCAAGCAAAUGUACAUUACGUAUGUGAAGAAUUGCAAGUUCACGUCCCCCAGCGCCCUGCCCACCAUCACCUUCAUGCAGCGCACCCUCACAGAAGUACUUGCCUUAGACACUGGUGCUGCCUACCAGCAUGCCUUCCUCUACAUUCGCCAGCUCGCUGUCCACCUGCGAAAUGCCAUGGUCAUGCGGAAGAAGGAGACGUACCAGUCGGUGUACAACUGGCAGUUUGUGCAUUGCCUCCACCUGUGGUGCCGUGUCCUGGGCACUCUCUGCCCCAACGGGGCUCUUGAGCCCUUGAUCUACCCGCUUGCGCAGGUUAUUAUCGGCUGCAUCAAGCUGGUCCCCACUGCCCGCUUCUACCCGUUGCGCCUGCACUGCGUACGCGUCCUGACACUGCUCUCAGAGAGCACGGGCACCUUCAUCCCUGUGCUGCCCUUCCUUCUCGAGGUUUUCCAGCAGGUCAACUUUAACAAGAAGCCGGGGCGUAUGAGCUCUAAGCCAAUCAACUUCGCUGUGAUCCUGAAGCUGUCCAAUGUCAACUUGCAAGAGAAGGUUUACCGGGAUGGCCUGCUGGAGCAGCUCUGCGACCUCACUCUGGAGUACCUGCAGGGCCAGGCCCACAGUGUUGCCUUCCCGGAGCUGGUGCUGCCUGCUGUCCUGCAGCUGAAGUCCUUCCUGCGGGAGUGCAAGGUGGCCAACUACUGCCGGCAGGUGCGCCAGCUACUCGAGAAGGUGCAGGAGAAUGCGGAGUAUGUGCGCUGCCGCCGCCAGGCUGUCUCCUUCAGUGUGUCUGACCAGCAGGCCGUGGAUGCCUGGGAGAAGCAGACACGAGCAGAGGGGACCCCGCUUACCAAGUACUACGGCCACUGGAGGAAACUGCGGGACCGGGAGAUCCAGCUGGAGAUCAGCGGCAAAGAGCGGUUGGAAGACUUAAACUUCCCAGAAAUAAAGCGGCAGAGAACAGAAGGCAGGAAGGAAGAGGACAGGAAGGAGUUCAAGGACCUCUUUGACUUGGACAGUGAUGACGAGGACGCCGCCUCUGGUCUCUCAGGGACAGGAGCGCCUGGGUCCGUGAGAGCUCUACAGGGGGCAGAGGAGGAGGAAGAUGAAGAUGGUGGCGACAGCAGCAGCGGCAGAGAGGAAGAAGUCAGCGACUCAGAGGCAGAUGGAGGCAUAGACACCGAGGCGGGGCUGAGCCCCAGGGAGCUGCAGCGUCUGGCCCAGGGGCCGGAGGACAAGCUCGAGGACCUACAGCUUUCUGAGGAGGACUGAGGCCACCGUGGACACCAGUGGGCAAGGCUGUAGACUGUGGACAGGACUUUAUUUUUGCAACAUCAAAGACCAAACGUACCAAAAGUUGGACCACUUCCUCAGCCAGCGGCCCUGGGGCAGAAACACACCGCAGAGCCUGCCCACUGCGGGCCCCAUGCCUCAGGAAGGAAGCUGCCUCCUCCUGAGUGCGGGAUGUGCAAGGCCCCAAAGCAGGAACAGCCCCAGUUCCAGGGGAGCCAGGGCCUGGCUGGAGCCCAUGUGAUCCAUGGCAGUCUCUGUGCCUCCCGUCUUUGGUUUGUCUGCCACUGCUGGGAUGCGGGGACCUCAGAUCUGGUCCCCAGGGAAUCGAGGCACAAGCUGGCUGCUCUACUCUGCAGCAAUCCCAUAAGUCUUUGGAACGUGUUCCUUUUCUAAGUCACGUGUUUCCUCACUGUUAAAA